GUAUGUUAAUCCAGCGUUUUGUCUUAGUGUUGCUGAAAAAAUGAUAAAAAUGACUCAGUUAUCCAUGAUUUGAAGUGUAAGUGAAGCUACGGCGUCAGCGGUGUCCUUAAGUAGCUUCUCAUGGCUCCUCGCGGGUCAUGUAAGGACAUUUUGGCUGACAGCCGGGGUGAGAAGUGUUUACAGUCUUUUGUGUUGACGUUCUGCAGUCUGCACUUUGUGAGGAAUAUUAAACUACUAUAACACCCUUAUAGCUUAAAGCUAAUGGUAAAAAAUAGAUUAAAUUGUUUUAACGCUUAGUAAAAAAAAAAGAAAUUGGGACUAGAAAAGUCGCCGAGGAAUGACGUCAGUACGUAUUUCAUUGAAUGAUGACGCCGUUUGAUUAUUAAAAAAAAAAAUCAGCCGUUUAAAAAAUAUCUGAGAAUUGGGUCAGUGCACGCGGCGGGACGGACGGGUUCAUAAUGUCUACGCUCUGCUCCAGGUUUGACUUCUCGCAUUUUCUCUCGCUAAGACGCGCCCCGGCGGUAAAAUAACCUGUUCUGUCGAGGUGAGAGAGAUGUCCACCAGCAUCUGCAAACGAGAGCCGUUUUAGACCGGGUCGGACUAGGUUCUGGGGUACCAACCCUUACCUUUUUUUUUAUUUUUUUUUAUUGGAACGUUGACGCUAGAACCUCGGCUCCGAAGGCUUUUAGUUAGCUGAGAGACAGAGACGCCGACAGAUGCCAAAGCUGAGAACCUGAAAGGCUGUUCGGUCGAGACCCAGGAAAUCCCUGUCCUGCCUCGUCCCUUCAGCCUGGUAGCAGCACGCGCCUCACUAGUUCUUCUCUAGAUCUUUGUGAAUAAGGAACCCACAGCAUGUGAACCUCCACGGCCCUGCUGCAGUUCUCUUUCCUAAGGAGUACACAGUCUGACCAUGUCAAGUCGCCGGAAAUCCACCACACCAUGCAUGGUGCUGCCGUCUGAUGUGUUGGAGCCGGAAAUCGCAGAGGACAAAACAGAUCGGGCGAAGGAGAAGGAGGCAAACGAUGAAGACAAAGAGGAGACGGUGAAGGAAGGAAAAGAGCAAGGCUCAGCUGCAGAGGAGCUCGGUCAGGUUGUAGUGGUGGUUCCCACUCCACCUGCUGCAGAUGAAGCCAGUGCCUCCGCUGUAGAAUGCAAUGAAGAGGCUGAAUGUUCGUUGAGGAGCGGACCUGCAGAUCCUCACGAGGAUUCAAGUGGCGAUUCGUCUCUCCAAGACCAGCAGAAGGAUUCACCGGGGGAAGGAGGAGCAGACCCUGCAGCCGUGUCUGCCAUUUCUCUCAGUAAAACUCCAAUCAUGAGACUGAGGACCAAAUCUGAACCCAAGAGAAUCGCUGUGUCCCUGAAGUCCGUCGAUGAGAUAGCGGAGGGUUUGGCGGCAGCAGAUGAGAGAGAGCUGGGCGCAGAGCUAGAACCAAUAGAAGCCCCUCUGGGACCAAUGACACCCGUGGAAAUGUUUCUGCACGACUCUGUGAAGUUUGGGGGAGGCAGCUUCCUUUACAGUCCACCAUCAGAACAGCAGAGAAAAUCGUCAGUGUUAAACCCCACAGUUGUGCCUGCUGGCCUGGCACAGGUUCUUUCUGCAUUUCAGGCCCAGCAAAGUGCAGCAGCAGCAUCUCAUCCUCAGCUACUGAUUCCCGUUAGCAGCAUCCCCUCCUACAGUGCGGCCAUGGACACCAACCCCCUCCUCUGCAGCGCUUACAAGAAGUUUCCCUAUCCAUCCACGGCAGAAAUCAGCAACCUGGCAGUACAGACACAGUUCACAGAGGAGCAGAUAAAGGUGUGGUUGUCAGCCCAACGACUGAAGCACGGCGUGAGCUGGACUCCGGAGGAGGUUGAGGAGGCCAGGAGGAAACAGUUUAACGGAACGGUCCACACCGUGCCUCAGACGAUCACUGUCAUACCUGCACACCAGCUGUCAGCCGCUGCCAACGGACUGCAGUCCAUCCUGCAGACCUGCCAGAUAGUUGGUCAACCCGGCCUCGUGUUCACACAGGUUUGUCCAGGUGGACCUCUUCCAGUGACCAAUCCUAUCACCCUGACUGUGACGGGACUGCCCACUCAGUCCCAGAGCGCCAUCAGAUCUUGUCAGCCUUCUCCAUCAAACAGCGAACUGAAACGGGCGACCACAAUCCAGCCUCCAUCUCUGUCUCCACAGGAGAACUCGGCCCUCAGUGCUGACAACUUCAACAUGCGACCUAAGAAAUCCAAAGAACAGCUGGCAGAGCUGAAAGCCAGCUACAUGAAAAACCACUUUGCGAGUGACACAGAAAUUGCUCGAUUGAUGAAAAUUACAAACCUGACAAAAGGUGAGAUAAAAAAGUGGUUCAGUGACACCCGAUACAACCAGCGCAACUCCAAGAACAGUCAUGUCAUUAUUUUCCACGACGGAGGGCCCAGAGAAGGUAGCAGCUUUAGCAGUGCUGCCAACACCCCGAUAGUCAUCGACUCAAGUGAUGAAACGCCCACAUCUCCUCAUCCUCCACACACUCCUCCUGUCAAGGAAAAAGAGACACGACCCAAAACAUGGAACCCUUUUCCCGACUUCACUCUGCAGAAGUUUAAGGAGAAGACUCCGGAGCAGCUUGUUGUGCUGGAGGAGAGUUUCGAGAGAAGCAGCACUCCGACAGACGAGGAGCUGAGCCGACUCAGGACAGAGACGAAACUGACAAGAAGGGAGAUUGACGCCUGGUUCAGCGAAAGGCGAAAAGUUCCGUCUGCAAGUUCUUCGUUCCCAGACUCAGAGAGAGGGAAGGUAGAGGCGGACGGUACAGAAGAAGCAGAUUCAUACUCACCUUCUGCUUCCUCAUCUCGAAAGGAUACCCAAACUCUGCCAGGAAGUCGCAACAAGAGGCUGCCUGGCUACAGCAAGAAAGACAUAAGAGAUAAAACUAAAAAGACUCCGGAGCAGCUCCAUAUUCUGAAAUGUGCCUUUGUGCGGACCCAGUGGCCCACCCCGGAGGAGUACGACCAGCUGUCGGAGGAGAGCGGCCUUCCCCGACCCUACAUCGUCAGCUGGUUUGGCGACUCGCGGUACUCCUGGAAAAACGGAAACCUGAAGUGGUUCUUUCAGUACCAAAGCGGCGGCGUGGAGAGGCCGAGCGGCGGGAGUGGCGGUAAACUGGGAGGGGGUCGCAAAAGACGCGGACGAAACCGUGGUUGGGGGCGAUCCCGAAGCAGGAAGCAGCCAAAGAGAUCCAGCUACUCAAGUGCAGAUUAUAAUAAGUGUCCACCGUCUAAGAAAUUCAAGACCGGGAAGGACAUUUUAAAGGAUUACUACUUGAAACACCACUUUCUCAAUGAGCAGGAUCUGGAUGAGCUCGUCACGAAGACCAACAUGAGCUACGAACAGGUGAGGGAGUGGUUCGCCGAGGUCCAGAAACGCCUGGACACGGGCUCAGACCCCUUCCAGGAGCUGCCCACGGGGAGAGCGGGCGGAGACAAAAGAGGGGAGCUUGGCGAAACGUCAACGCCCUCCGAGGAGCAGACAAGCCCGGGGAUGGGAGACGAAGAUGAUGACGAUGAUGCUGAAGAGGACGACGGCGAGGACACGGAUGACAGUGAGGUUUGGGAGCCGUCACGUAGCGUCAAGAAGUCCUUGUCCGUUUCUGAAGACUAGUGAGAGUGGAAGGCAGGUUGGAACUUGAAUGUUACAAGAGGAGAUCUGCAUUGAUUAAUGCUGGAAGACUUUUAGCUAAACCAAGUGGGUUUUAUUUCCUUCUUAAUAUGCUCGAUUGUCACCUUAAAUUUCUUAAUUUUAUUGUUUUUUUAACUAUUGUGAUUAAUGUCAGUGUGACUAAAUAAGUGGACUGUUAGCUUUAGCUCACUCUUUCAGUACUUUUACUAAAAGUUAGUUCUAAAGCAACUAUUACACAAAGUGUUGUGAAAGUUCACCAAUCACAGUCUUUAAGAUGAGCUGAGGACAAACAACAAACAUCUUCAGAUCAAAUAUUGACCCCAAACUAUAUCAUCACUCUGAAGAGGUGAUGGAUCCUGUGAGGCGUUUACUGUCGGUCUUCUCCUCAGAUUUACCUGUCUUGCUGGAUUAAGCCUGAAAAGGUGUGGUUAUUUAUGUGUUUGUGUUAGGAGUGUUCUAAUGUUACAAGAACAAGUUGAGAUUCUAAAGAAAUGAAUGUCUCACCACGUGUUCUGAAAGAAACCACUGAAAAAAGUACUUUAAAAAGUGAUGAGCGCGUCACCGUUUGACACCCCUGCUGAGCAGCGUCCACAAGGACGACGUCAAGCAUCUGUUUGUGGAUGUUUCUUGUUUUAUGUUUGUUUCUAGCACCUUUAAAAUUGAUCUCAAGUGCCAGAUAAUUAGAAUCGGAAGAUUUUUGAACUUUUUUUUAAAUGUGAAAUACAGAGGCCUACGAUUGUGAUAAUUUGUGCUUUUAAGGAGCAAUGUGAACCCUGGUCACCCCUCUGUAAUAUUAUAGAUUUCUAAAUGGUCUGAUUUGAUUAUGCACAGAUACUGUCCUGAAUACAUGAUGUGCCACUCUGAUCUCCUGCAGAUUUAAUGAUUAUAAACCUGUUGUGCCAAAGCACUGCAUAAUAGCUGGUGUCUACUGUUUGAUGGGCAGUUUCCACAAAAAUAAUGCACAGACCAGUAUUGUUUAAAACUCUCCAGCUGCAGAUAAAAAAUGUUCCUGAAUUAAUCCCCUUGUUGUUUAAAGCAUUUCAAAUUAAAAUGCAAUCAAUUAUGCACUGAAAAACUAAAAUCAUAUGAAGCACCUCAAUCUAAAACAAAAAUGCACUUUGUCCACUUUUAAAAUGGAGUGGAAUAAAUCCUGAUUAGCCACCUUACUCUCAUUAAACCAUGAAAUGGCUCUGAGAGACCAAAACACACUGAACCAUUGUUUGGCCUUUUUUUAAACUUAAUUGUCAAUGGAUGUUUAUUGAAAAUAACAAUCUGUUGUACAAAUUUCAUCAUUUUUAGCCCCAUUAUUAACAAAAAGCUGCUCUUUUAAUUAACUAUAUUAGACUUGAUCUUUUCCUUAAGUUAAAUGACUGGAAUUUGUCUUUGCUCUUGUUUUAUGACAUGAAUGGUACAGCACCUUCCCAAAACAAAUUUCUGUAAAUGAUACCAAUGCCUUGUCUCUUAGAAUUGCUUGCAACAACAACUGCAGACAUGCUUUUAUAGUUAGGAUCUUCAAAAGAUGGCCUAGAAAACUGGAGAUGAUCAAGGUGUGGUAAAGAAACGGCGUGGCCGUAGCAGGAAGUCUUCCAUUGGACGCCCUGUUUGUGUUUUCCUCACAGAUCACUGCUAUAAGGUGACAGACAACAGACUGACCGCUGUCUCAUUUAUUGUUCCCUCCUAUAGUCAGAGACUGUGUUAAAGCCUUAUCUUUGAACCUGCAAGUGUGCAUGGCGUGUCCCUCUUUAAGGUGGACUUUCUCCAUUUUUGAUAAUCAUUUUUUUUUUUAAUAGUUGUCCAAAUUAAACUGUGACUCCAGAACAAGUUGUGUUUUCUGAUAUAAAAAGAUGCCUACAUACUGAAGUUGCUUACUUUUCUAGAUCCUUAAAAACACCUCGCUGGUCCAGAUAAUCCUGUAUUUUCUCACUAGGCUCUUAUCAGCCAUUUGCCACAAUUUUGUUUAAAUAAACCUUUUACAAACGUUUUUUUUUUAGGACCUGAAGGUGUGAAAUGUACAUUUCCUCUCGUAUUAACUAGAGCCUGUUCACAAAUUAACAGCUUUAUGAUGUGUCAUGUUUGUCAUAAUGCUGCAUGCAAUAACCAAGACAAGCAACAGCUCCUUCUGUUUGUACUAUACUGUAUGUGAAGUUGUUGUUUUUGGGGCUGAACUACGUCCAAAGCUUUAAUUGUGCUGGUUAUAGUUUAUUACUUAAGUCAAAAUUUGCCAAGUUUUAGUUUGUUUUCCUUGAUGUUUUUGACUUUUCGAGACACGUUUCAAGUACCAUUACUGCCUGGGUCAAACAGCUUUCUGUAAUAAGGUGAAACUGUUGAAGAAAGUCACUAAUCAGUCAACUGCCAGCAUUUUACGCCCUUUUAUAAGCUUUUCAUUCUUGGUAUUAACUGAGUAGUUUAGCUCUAAGAAUAGGCUCUGUGCUUCUAAGCAUCAUGCUCCGGCUCUUUUAUUCUGUGCCCUUUUUUACACAACACUUGGCCUGUUCAGAAUACAUGUUCUAUCUAUGUAAAAUUGUGUCAUUGCAGCUGCUCCAUAGAUUAGACUUUGAUAGAAUUCUGUCAGUGUUUCCCAAUGGCUUUUUGGUGACUUGAAUGGAAAAAAUAUACAAUCACAACUCAGAGAAAAAUACAAGUUCCUUAUUAGUUUGUCUCACUGAACUAUUUUUAAAAAUUUGGGCAACAACACAUCAUGUAAACUUUAAUAAUGGUGUCUGUUAAUUUUGUCACAAACACCAGCAUUUUUUUUAAAUCAUGAAGGAAGGUUAAGUCCUGAAAAAUGUAUAAAGGAUCCAAAUACUUAAACAUAAACAUGUAAUUUCUGUUUUAAUCGAGUUGUGAUUCUAUAUUCAAAAGUUGUAAUGUAAACUAGUUUAUAUUGUGGAGUUGAGCUAAGAGCAAAAAAAAGAAACAUUGUGUGGUCAUCAGUGGAUUGUGUGCAGUCCGGCUGUCCUCGUCUGAAGGAGAAAGUACAGCGUCUGUCAAGUUUUUACAUAUCAGUUCAAAAAAUGUUCCAGCUUCUAAAUACAAUCUCUGAUUAAUACCAAAUUAUGUUAGGGAAACCUUACCGUUUCUCUAAAACAUUUUGUUUGAUUUUCUGUCAUUAAUUAGACAGAAAAAAUGGACAAAAAUCGAGUUGAUCAUUCUUAAACUCGCCACACAAUCAAACUGUACACUUUUGGUACUUGGCUAAAAAAAGAAAAAAAUCAUGCUUCUUCAUCUCAAACCCUUUAGAUUUCUCUUUGCAAAUUUAACUUUGGAGUUCCUGACAAAAUGUUUUAGAAAAGACAUAGAAAGGAUGAGUCGGUUAAAAGAAAUCCCAGCAAAGAUUCUUUCAUUUUGUUGUCCUGAAACAUAAAGACUAAAGUUAAAGAAAUAAAUUCCUUCACUGCAGCAAAUAACCCGAAAGACUUUCAAAAUCCAUGAGAGAAUGGUUUUAUGAUUUCAAUUUAAAAUUGCAGAUUCUGCAUUUGACUUUAACAAAGAGAAACAAAUCUGAUUUUUUUUCAGGCUUCAUUUAAAUUCAACCCAUUUCCCUCUAAAUCUUGACUUGUAAAUGUUAGCUACAAAGUUGUUGUGCUUUUUCCUUUCUUUUGCUUUCAUAUGUACGCUUUGCCACAGUCCUAUGGUGCUCUUCACUUAUUCCCCAUAUUUACAUAGGUAGUAGGGUGGAAGUUUUAUACAGAUUCAAAUGUUUUCCUCAUUUGUCAAACUUAUGCAUAAACAAAAUUCAUUUUAAAAAUGGGAUGUGACAAUUUUUUUUCUUAUUUCUUUUUGAUUGUUUUUGUUUUUUGUGCUGUUUGCUGCCCUCUCCCCCCAAACGAUGUUUAGUAUCAGUUAUUUUUCUUCGAUUCUUGUACAUUUUCCUUUUUUUCUGUCUCCAGUCAGCUGUUACAAUUAGUUCCAAAGAUGUAUUUUAGAAAAACAUAAGCUCAAAUGAUCUUAAAAGUUUUUGUUUUAUAUAAUCUGUUAGAUACAUUUUGACUUUAACAAGCCUUUUUUUAGGACAUGGGUUGAAUUAUUUAAUUGUGCUCCACCAUGAAGUGUUACAAAAGACGACGUCAGCCAAGUUCAUGAUCAAGCAUCCCAACAAAACAGUUGAAACAUGGUGUUGCUCUUUGUCUGUGUCCACUGUACAUCUGAAGUUUCUUAGUAUCUGUCUGACUGUUUGAAAAGGCGGGAUUAAAGCAUGUGUUAGAUGUUUCUGCAGUAUUGGUUUAGAAAGCAGUCAGUGUUGAUUCAACUCCCCCAGCUGUUGUUUGGCUUUAUUUCUAACUUGAUUUAGAAAAGUUAGAGAUUUUUUACUUGUUUGAGGACAAUUCCCAAUAAAUUUUGAUCAAGCGAUGCGCACUUGUACAAAACAACUGUGUUUUGUCUAUAAUAAACCCUUUGAAAAACA